AAAAAUCCUAUGAGCAUUCUGCCAUCCUAUUCUCCGCAUAAUGGAGAGAAAAUCCUGCUUGAAGUUUAUGGAGAUGUGACAGAAGAAGAAGUACAACAAAUGAAGGAUUAUGAAAAUAAAACUAAGAUUAAACACAAGGAUUUUAGAGAUACUUAUUACAUGAAGUCUUUCGAUAGCACAGCUAGAUAUCCUUCAAUUCAGAAUGUUUUAGAUGACCUCAAGUGCAUAUAUUCAAAGUCUUAUAUUGAUGAUUUGUAUGAGAAGCAUAAGGAAUCAUCCGUGAAAGUAAUCACCUCCAUCUGGACUGGAGAUACAAAAUUGACAAAACUGAUAAAUGCAGCACUAAUUGUUGACUCUGGAAUAACUUUUAAUAAGAGUCUAUGAGAUAAAAACUUUAAGUUCAUGAGUGAGAUAGUAGCCAAAUCAGGUAAAAGCUAUAAGCUAAUUAUUGAUAAAAGCAUCAAAUUCAUGAGGAUUCUAAACUCAUAUAUUGUUGACAAAGGAAGAGAAUUCAACACUGAAGAUAGAGUUGUGUAUAGAGGGAUUUCCACAGAAAUCUUUCGUAAUGUUGAAUUAGAGAAGCCCUUCAGGAUAGUAAAUUGGAGUUGCUGUAGUGAAUCUCUAUAUGUAGCUAAAACAUUUGCAAAUUUUCACUCUUCUCUUACUGGGAAAGUCAACACUAUAGUAAGGUUUAAUAUCAAGAGUGGAUGUUAUAAUGCUGGCAAGCUUAGUCAAAUUGGAAUCUCCUGUUAUGUACAAGAAAAAGAGACUUUAUUCCCUCCUUAUACUGUUGCUGUACUAAAAUAAAAAGAUAAAGCUUGAUACUAAGACCUUAGAUAGCAUCAUCUCUUAUUCUUGUUCUUCUGGUCGCUGGGAUGAAGAGUCAACAUUUUCAUACUGAUUCACUCGAGAAGAGACGAAUUCUAACAUAGAUUUCACCCAUCUGCUCGAGGUAGACAUUUCAUUCGAUAACAAGUCUUCAAAGUUAGAUAAUGCCGAUGCUUGCUAUUUCUAGCUAAGUUAAGACAAGUUCAGCCA